GUGUGAGUGAGUGAGUGUUCUCUGCCCCCUCAUUUGGUGGUCUGGGCCUAUUUUGAGCACACAAAAGGCUUGCUGUCAGCCCCUUGUGCUGGUCUGAAGGAGUGCUCCAAACAGACUGCUUUCCAGCUGUGAUCCCUCGUCUUUUACUGUCUGCAAAGCUGUCAUGGCAUCCUGAAGAAACCUGCAGAAGAAAUACUGGCCCGGUUCCCACUUGGCACUGGCCAAGUUCCCACUCCCCGAGCCUGGCACUAAAGGUCAGUGGUUCACUCCUGUGGAAUGCCAGGAAUCUUCUGUAUUCGUUUCCCUCUUCUUUCCAGUCCCCUAAUCUGAUAAACCGUGUGGGGAGAGGCAAGGGAGGGCGGGGAGGAGUAUGUGAUGUAACCUCUAUUCCGGCAAAGUUGCGUGACAACCCCACGGUGCCUGCGGCUCGCGGUGGGGUUUUGGUGGCUGCCGCUGGGAGACUGAAGAAGAAGGCCUGGAGAUCCACCACGGCUGUGGGAGACCUCGCAGGGGAUGCACUCACCUCCCUUGUGGAGAGGACGGCUGAGCGCAGCCUGCAGCUCCUUGUCUUGCCGGCUCCACCUGCGCCGCGACCGGCUGGGGACAGCCCUGGAAAAAGGGAUGCUCGGAGACGGCUGCGCUGCUGCGGUGAGUCUGAUCCUCCUUCCUGCCUUUUCCCGACGGUUUUGGGGGGAAGGAAGGGAAAUGGAGCGAGCUGGAGUGCGUGUGGAUUUUUUGGGGACUUGUAACCGUGUGGAAUCCCUGUGGGAUUGACUCUGAGCCCGUGGAUAAUCGCCGACUAAUCUGGGCGCUGGCAGAGUCCAUCCGGAUUACAAGGGCAUGUGGCUCCGGGUCAGGAUGGGUGUGACACCUCCCAGGGGUCUCCGGCUUCGUGUCAGAGGAACACCCCAAAAAUGAGGUUGGCUGCAAGGAUUAACUGCAAAAGAGAAAGCUGGGGGUGUCUGUCACCGACACGAUGUUGGGCAUGGGUGUCACAGUCUGUGAGGAGGGGGGUCAAAGGAGAAAAUGUGCUUUUCUCAGUGCCAGCAGGAGAUGUAACUGGGAGGAAGCUGGUCCUGUGUAUUUGCUAAUGGAGAGAAUUGGAUCAGGUAGUUCAAGCUGUUGAAACUAACUGCAGAAAAGUGUUUUCUAGGAGAACUUCCAAGUGCCUUUGAAAACAUCUCCCUGCUAAAGGAAAGAAGGGAAGAGGAGGAUCAUCAUAAUAUAACUUGGGAUGACUUCAACUUGGCAGAAAGCUCAGGAAUUCUACAACUGGAUUCUUGAAAGUGGAGAUCCAAGGACAGACCCGUGGCCACUGGUCUACUCCCCUCUUCCAGUGACCCUGGUCUUCAUCUCCUAUCUCUUCAUGGUGGCACUGGGACCAUCCUGCAUGCGGCAGCGGUGGCAGCUGGAGCUGAGGGCUCCGCUACUCAUCUACAACCUGGCCAUGGUGGCAUUAUCUAGCUACAUGUUCUACGAGUUUCUGGUCACUUCAGUCUUGGCCAACUACAGCUACCUGUGCCAGCCAGUGGAUUACAGCCGGAGUGAGCUGGGAAUGAGGCAGAUGGCAAGAGUGUGUUGGUGGUUCUUCUUCUCCAAAGUCAUCGAGCUGCUGGAUACGGUUUUCUUAAUUCUGCGCAAGAAACAAGAGCAGGUGACUUUUCUGCACGUGUACCAUCAUGGGUCUAUGCUCUUCAACUGGUGGUCAGGGGUCAAAUACGUGCCUGGAGGACAAGCCUUCUUUGUUGGGAUGCUCAACUCCUUUGUCCAUAUCUUCAUGUACGGCUACUAUGCCCUGGCCAGCCUGGGACCACGGAUGCGCCGGCACCUGUGGUGGAAGCGUUACCUGACCAUCCUGCAGCUGUGCCAGUUUGUGGCCAUUGCUGCUCAUUCUUCCUACAACCUCUUCACAGAGUGCCCCUUCCCUGAUGGCUUCAACACUGCAGUCUUCCUCUACAUCCUCAGCCUCCUGGCUCUCUUCCUACGCUUCUACUAUCAGACCUACAUCAGGGGAAAGCGGGAAAAGCUGACUUGAAGGAAAUCAAAAAGGACAGAGAGCACAGCCUGAUGAACAUGAGCAUUCUCUGCUGCUUGUGACCUGGUUUCAGGAAGAAAAUGUAUCUGGGAAGUGUGUGUGAGGCUCAUGUCUUGCCUUCAAAUCUCCCAGGUCAGGGAGAAGAAAGCAAUGAUGUAAACUCAGGGAUUAAGGAACUGAGGGGCACACUUAAUUAAGCUGAGGCCAAGCUAAGCCAAGUAGCCACCACCAUUGCAGGCUUUGGGGACAUUUGCAAGAUAAAAUCUUUUUCCCUUCCACCUUUAACUCGGUGUCCAAGGUCUAGCAGCCAGCUACAACUCCCUGCCUCAUUUCUCUUAGGCUGUAGAGGGUUUCUUUGCAUCUACAAAACUAUCUAAGCUUGGUGUUGUAGGUCAGGCAGGCUCAUGUGCCUCCAGCCUGGAAAUCAAUGUCCAGGUAGCCGCAGAGGCCAGGAAUCCAUAGGGACUGCAGGAUGUACGCUGAAUUCCACCCUGUUCUGCUAAGAAAGCUCCUACUAGGCCUGGGGUGGUCCUGAUGGUUUAAAUUCUUAUCAGUAUAAGCAGCAAGGAAAUUGGACAUUAGAUUGUCUGGCUGGACAGGUGUCUUCACUGUCCUGAAGCUAAAGAAGGCAUUAUUAGCACUUUCAUCCUAAUAAGAAACCAGUGUGCUAAGAGUCACCAUGUCCCAUUUUCUGGAAUGCUUAUUUCCCUCUGUUUGCUCUCAUAGCAAUAGAGCAUUUUAAUGCAUGAUGAUACUUGGUAUUUCUCCUUGUAGGUGCCAUAUUUGAACUAGAAAGAAUAGAUUGAUGUUCCCUAUUCAUAACUUUUUUUCUCCAAUAUAUUAUUUUUAAUACUGUUAUUUUUAAAUUUUGCUUAUUGUCAAACAUAAAGAGUUUAACAACACCAUAAGCAACCAACCACCUCCACUACCUACUUGUAUAAGAAUUAAUAUAAAAUGUAUAAAAUCAAUUCAUUGGGUAGUGCAAAGCUGCAUAGCUCCAUUGAUUUUAAGACAUCACUAACUGGUUUCUUUUUUUUUGCUCCUAAAUCAAUUACAACUAGAAUUUGGCUUAUAUUUGAACUUACAUUCAUCUGCAGACUGUUAAAUAUUGUUAAAGUUUUGAUGUGGUAGUACUUUGAAGAUCCUAAUUAAACUACAAAGUGGUAAUUAUUGAUUGAAUCCUGCUCAGUUGAUUAUAACUGGUACUACAGAGUAGUGGUAUUUUGUGAAACACAAAGGGGUUGAAGGAGAGGGUUGGAAUUAGUGACAUGAUGUGUUGCCAUUGCCAAGCCAAAUCCAGCUCAAAUGUAAGAAAGUCCAACUCCACUGGGAAUGUCCAGAGGACUAGAGCUGGCCUGAACCUAGCAAAUGGAUGUACCCAAAAGACCUGUGUGCUCUACAACAAUCUGGAGUCGAGUGGCUGCAAAAAAUAAAUUCAAUUUGUUUGUCGCUGCUCUGUGCUUGUACCCAAAUCCUUUCCUUCAGCCCCUCCAGACACAUGUGGAAGAUAAAACAAUAUUCUGCCAUUCCUCACUCUCCUCCCUUCACACACAGACACAAAGGAUUUGUUCACACUGUCACAAGGUCACAUCAUCAAUGUCCUUCCUUUGAUUUAAGCAGUCUCUCUUCUGGUUGUCACUGGUGAGUAUGAGAAUCACUGCAUCUGUGCUAGUUGGUUUUCUUCCUGUCAGCUAUUUUUCCAUGCUAAUAAAUUAAUACAUAGUGACACUUUCAAAUACUGGAGUUCCUCUUCUGUCAGAAUUUUAA